GGUAACAAAGGAGAGAACAACAGGGGGAUGAUGGGUGCUCAGACAACAAGCCUGUCAGAGAAACAAUAAGAAACUGAACCUUUUCGCCUGUACGUUGUGGAUAUUUUGCCGUAACAGUUUGUUUAACGAGCGUUUUUUUCUCCGCGGUACGAGUUAAGUUUAAAGUACAUUAACGUUGCUGCGUCCCGGACCGAUUUUAACCUAAAGCCUGUUUUCUGGCCACAGCUAACUAUGUUGGACUGCCAACACUAGAGCCGAAUGACUGAAGAGAAAGAGCCAGACAUGUCUGAAUAACACUGGUGAUGAAGACAUGCUCACAUUGACCUUUACCCUCAAAGCCUGACCUCUGAUUGGUCAGGGCUGGGAGCGAAUCGCACCUUAAGAGAAGACUCCAGCUACCAUGUCUGUCCAGGAAGCAUCCCAACAAGCCAUGUCGCCUUUACCCCUCAAACCUGAGGCCAAGCCGAGACCCGAGAUCCCUCCAAAACCCUCAACGCAAGCCAGCUCCCCUCCUCUGGGAGACCAAGGCAGCACUAAGAGCCCCUCUGAAGGGAAGGUCAAGAGGAUUGUGAACAAGUUCAGCAAACAGGAGGGUGCUGCGAACGAGCCGGGGGAGCAGCCCACCAAUGGCACCGGAGAAGUCACGACAAGUAAACGGUUCAGACGGCCGCCCACCGUUAAGCCCAAACCAGGCCGCGCCAGUCUGCAGCUUCAGGUAGGGGGGGAGCAGGCGCCUCCGUUGCCCGUAAAGAGGAGCAAGAAGCUGAAACAGAGUGAGCGAGGAGAGGAGGGGGACAACAUCAGUAUGGAAGGAGGACGAUCAGCGCCUGAUGGAAAAGAGGUGGAGAUUCAGCUGAUUGGAGGAGAUGAAGUGGAGGCGGAGCACAGUCCACACGCGCCCCUCAGCCCCCACUGCGACCCAAGCUGCAGCUGCGUCUGCCACCUCCAGUGGCCCGGCAUGAAACUAAUAUUGGUGCCCGUGGACGUGGAUGAUGGUGUGGGUGGAGACGAGUAUGGGACUGAUGAAGAGCAGAGGGUGGAGGAUGGGGAGGAGUCGGAGGAGGAUGAGGAUGAGGAGGGGGAGAGAGGAGGGGAAGGGGACAGUGAGGCAGGGGAUGAGGUGGACAGGACUUCAGUGGCCGAUGGGAGUGUGUUGAAACAAAAAAUGACGAAGUUCCACCAAUCUUUGAAUGUUUUGAUUGCGGAUGGCCACAGGAGACGCUCGGACCCGGGCCCUCACUCUGUUCUCAGCCUUGCUGUCUCUCGCUCUCAGUCUCCCCCCGUCCCCCCAAAACAUGCUCAGUCAGCACAAAUCCACGACACACCCACCCAAAACGAAGAAGAAAAUAUUUAUGAGGCCACACUUCCAGUGGUCGACCCCAGUCCCAAAAAGACCGCCACUGCAUGUAAGGAACUGGAUAUCCCUCUGAUCAAGGUGCGCAAACCAGCCCGUCGGUCUAAACUGUCCUACAGCACCUCAGACCCGUCGUCCGACUUUCAGGAUAACACAGAACCCAUCUCAAGCCCAGACGGCGUGCCGCCAGCCAUCCCGCCGAGGAUGCCUAUGCCUCAGGACAGCCGCAACCUCACCCCAGUGCACCGGGGCGGCAUUCCUCUCCCCCAGCCCACGAUGGAGGAGUGGCGCGCUUUGCGGCCCUCGUCCCCCAGCGGCUCCACUGCCAGCGGGCUGAGCCCCCAACGGGCCAUCACUCCACCCCAGGCCAGCCCUCACAGACCCCCACCUCCACCACCGAAGACAGACUCCAGGAGGCUCAGCAGUGCCUCGCUGCAAUCCCUCACGCUGAAAAAAGAUGGAGAGGAGAAUGGAGGGAAUGAAGAGGGCACAGUGGAAGAAACGCUUCCAGUCAGGAGGGGCUCCCUCAAGAAAGGGUCUUCGUUCAACUGGGAGUCUCGGCUGCAGGAUGAGCCUCUGUACCAGACGUACCGUGCCACCGUCAUCACCAAGGAGAUCCGACGCCAGACAGUUUGCCGUAACAUCAGUAAAACUAGUGUGGACUACGCUAUGGACUCUGCAGCCCGUCGCUCUGGAACUGGUACUGCGACAGCGACUGGAAAUGGAGCACCCAGGGGCAGCCCCGUGCCCACAACGGGCCAGAGCACCCUGUGGCAGGACCUCGCGGCUGUUCGGGACAGCGGAGUGCUGGAGCAGCUCGGCCCCGAGCGGUGCAAGUACCAGGAGAGCAUGUUUGAGGUUUUGACAUCUGAGGCCUCUUACCUCCGAUCCCUGCGAGUUCUGACCGAACACUUCCUGGACAGCCGGGAGCUGGAGUUGACGAUGAUCAUCAGGGACAGGAAAACCCUCUUCUCCAACAUCCUGAGGGUCCGGGAGGUCAGCGAGAGGUUCUUGAAAGACCUGGAGGACCGCAUAUUCGAGGAGCUGGUCUUCCCUGACAUCUGUGACAUAAUCCACUACCACGCCCAGCACAACUUCCCCGCCUACAUCGACUACGUCCGCAAUCAGAUUUACCAGGAAAAGACCUACACGUUGCUCAUGAAGAACAACGUGCAGUUUGCUGCGGUCAUCACUCGUCUCCAAGAGUCGCCUCAGUGCCAGCGGCUGCCCUUCAUGUCCUUCUUGCUGCUGCCCUUCCAGCGAAUAACACGCAUCAAAAUGCUCAUUGAGAACAUCCUGAAGAGAACAAAGGAGGGGACGAAAGAGGAGCAGACGGCCUCCAAGGCUUUGGCUUCUGUGUCGAAGAUCAUGGACGAGUGCAACACACAAGUGGGGAAGAUGAGACAGAUGGAGGAGUUGAUCUAUGUCUCUCAAACACUGGAGUUUGACAAGCUGAAGGCCAUCCCGAUCAUCUCCCAGACACGGUAUUUGGAGAAGAAGGGAGAGCUGCAGGAAAUGUCCAAAGGAGGAACUCUCUUCAACAUGAGAGCGAAGUUCACGCCCGUCUACCUCUUCCUCUUCAACGAUCUGCUCAUCAUCACUGCCAAAAAAGGCGUGGAGCGUUUCGUGGUACUCGACCAUGCCCAUCGCUCUCUGGUGCAGGUGCAGCCAGUAGAGGAAGGCGGAGGCAGCAGCGGCCCCUACGAGCACUGCUUCAACCUCACCCUGCUGGAAAAUCACCAGGGACGCAUGAUGGAGAGGCUGUUCAAAGCUCCCUCACAGUCAGACAUGCACAGGUGGAUGGCGGCUUUCCCCAACCCCACCAACCCAGACAGAGAUGAAGAUGAAGUGAUUUAUGAGGACUGGGACUGCCCUCAGGUGCAGUGUGUGGAGCAGUACAUUGCCCAGCAGGCAGACGAGCUCACCCUGGAGCCCACUGAGAUCAUCAACGUCAUCCGCAAAACCAACGAGGGCUGCUGCGAAGGCAUCCGCCUGUCUGACGGUCAGAAGGGCUGGUUCCCCGCAGCAAACGUCAUCGAGAUCACCAACGAGCAUGUGAGGCGGCGAAACCUCAGAGAGCGCUACAGAGUGAUGCAGGCUGCGAGCAUGGUCGCCAACAGCAGGGCCAACACCGUUCAUUAGAAUCGACUGAUCACAGAUGUUUACAUUUAGUCAGGACCAUAAAGGGAAACAAACUCUUUACACGUGACUUCUGUACAGAGGGAGUGCCAGUUUGCAGCAAGCAGGAAAUGAAAGAUAAAAGGAGAAGGGCGAUGAUCAGGAGAUGUCAUAACAGACCUGCAGUCAUCACCUUUUUUAUACUUCUGGAGUACAUUAGUGUGCAGUUAAACCAGCUUGGAGCUUGAGGUAGAUCAUUUACUACUGAAGCUGACAGGAACUAUUUGAAUGUGCAUGUAUGUGUUUAAUAACAGAUAUCAGCUCAUUACAGUGUUACAGCCACACUGUUCAGCCACACUUGUGAGCAUGCGGCCUCCGCUUUGACACCUCCUCAUGCACUGAAACUGCACGUUUGAAAUGCCAAUCAUUCUAGCUACCGCUCGACCACAUUGUACAAAUGUCAGUCCUGCUGCGGAGAAAAGGGUUGGGCGUUCCCGUAAACACCUCUCGUGUCACAGUUGUCACAUGCACACGCAAGUUAAAUCCUCUCUCAUACCUGUUAUGCACAGCAAGCUGUCAAGUUGCACCAAGUUGGCCAGAAUGCAGGAUAUGACACGUUUUAUAAUACAACAAUCUUGUUAUGUUAUAUUUUGUUUUUAAAAGUGUUAACGUUUAAAGAGGAAUUUAUCUCACUGCAACCUGUAAAAAAAAAAAAAAAUCAGGAAGUGCCUUUGAAUAAA